AGUCAAUACUAUUACUGGGGCUAGUUUCACAUUGAUGGCGCAGCAGGAGGGUAGUUUUGCUAACGGGGGUAUAUGAUAUGACGGUAAUGUUGCUUUUGAAAAACUUUCAUUUCUUAACAGAAAUUUCAGUUUAAACUUGUUUUCCUGCUGAGACAAACAGGUUUUCUGACUCAGCGUAGUUGCAGAAGAAACGGAUUUAGCCCUAUCUCCACUCGGCUAGGAUUAGCCAGGAGACUAGCCUGUUUGUUGUAAGCAUAGUGCCUGUAGGAAGCUAGUUUCAGCUUGCUACUGCUGCCCACCGAGGACGAUAUAUCGUAAACGAAAUGUCUAAAGGUCGAAAACGUUCGAAAGCCAAAGCGGCAGCUAAAGCAGCUGUAUUCGGUAUGCCUCCAGGAGCAAGGCCUCAGCCUUCUGGUGGACUUUGUAUUGUUGGUCCGCCACUUCCAGUAGCAAGGAUGCCUGGAGAUCACUUUCCUAUGGGCCCGCCCGACUUUGGACCCCCAAUGAUUGAGGAUGGGCCAUUUAUGAACGAGCCCCCUGAGUUUAUUACAAGAGAUCGGUAUGUGCAUAGACCAGGGUUCCACCCGCAAGAGUUUGAAAUGCCCCCGCGCCUCCUCCAUCCAGAUUUGGAGGACAGACUACGAGGUUUUCGCCCAGAUCCAUAUGAAGGCCGACCUGGUUUUCACUCAGCAGAGUUUGAAGGAGGUUUAGGGUUUAGGGAUAGAGGAUUUGUUCCAUCUGAGUUUAGGGAUAGAGCAUCAGGGUUUGUCCCACCUGAGUUUAGGAAUAGAGCAUCAGGGUUUGUCCCACCUGAGUUUAGAGAUAGAGCAUCAGGGUUUGUCCCACCUGAGUUUCGAGAUGGACCACCAGACUUUGACCUACCUGAGUUUAGGGAUAGACCAUCGGGGUUUGUCCCACCUGAGUUUCGGGAUGAACCACCAGGAUUUGUCCCACCCGAGUUUAGAGAUAGACCACCAGGGUUUAGAGAUAGACCACCAGGGUUUGUUCCGCAGGCAGGAAUCCGGCCAUCACAGUUUGAGGAUGACCCGGGUUAUCCAACGAUUAACCAUGGAUGUGGCCCAAUAAAUGAAUACAACGCGAUGAACCCAGCUUAUAUGCAACCACUGGAUGUCCAUAGCAAUGCUCCCCCUAUGGCUUCCUGCCCACCUGACAGAACUCAUCAGGCUAACCAACAAUCUAGUGGUCCUGGCAAUAAUGUAAAUGGUAAAAAUUCCACCACCACAACAACAACAAAAUCCACUUCCAAGAAUGAAAUAUCUGUUGUCAAGCACAUGUUCGGAUCAGUCAAACCUCCACCUGGACGAUCUUUGGGAGUUAUCACAUGUAUUGCUAACAACUACGGGUUCAUUGAAUGCGAGGAUCUGAAAAAAUAUUCUUUCUCAUUUGAUGCUUUUUUUGGACAACGAAACCAUUUGGUACCUGGGGUUAAAGUGCAUUUCACGGCAGUCAAAGUAUUGGGGAAAAAAAAAGAAUGUGCAACUGAUGUGAAAGUUGCACCAGGAGGGACAGAGGAGAUUGAAGCCACAAUCUAUGAAGGUGUGGUCACUGCAGUGCUGCCUGAUACUUAUGUGUUGGAACCUCAUCCAGGACGCAUCAGAACCAUUCUCACUACUGAACCUGUAAAACUGCCCUUUGGAAGGAUGGACGCAAAAGCCACCCUACUACUGUUUGACCGGGUGAAAUUUCAGCUGCUCACAGAUGUUAUUACAAAGGUCCGCAGAGCAACAAAUAUCACACCGCAAAUGCCAGAAACGUUUCAGCUCACUAAGGAAAUCAGGGAAAAGGGUGUUAUAAUGAACAUAAAGGAUGAUUCGUUUACCAUCAUGUCAAAGAAACAUGAAAACCUCACUGCCUCCCUCAGUGAGUAUCUGUCAGAUGAGCAACUAAAUGUCAUGGAUGAGGCUGAGUUCACAGUUAUAACUGUAAAAGACACAUUGAAGGCUAUCAGAUUGAAGAAGCUUCCUGAGGGCGCAGUGGAGUUUGAUUCACAAGCAAAAAAUGCUACUGACCCCUCUGCAGGCAAAUCAAUGUGGAAACCAGUGACCUCGAAGGAAGCAACUGUUGAUGAAGACAUAAGCAGUGAGAAAUAUGAGGGAACCAUUUCCAAAGUCAUCCCCAAAAGUUCUGAAAAGGAGAUGGGGCAACAGCAGAAACAGGGCCUUGUGGACACCACUGUGGAUGGUACAAUGAAAAGUUUACCAUUUGGUUCAGGUGAUGUGAUCACACAGGCCACCAUGAUGGUCGGUGACAAGGUCCAGUUCAACAUUGCCACCAAACUGCUGACCAAGGAGGAGCAUGCCAUCAACAUUCAGAUUCAGCCAGACACCUUUCAACUAGAAUCCACAGAGAAACGCAAGAUAGGCAUUGUCGUACAAUUGAAUGAUGAUUCUGGGUUCAUCAAGGCCCCACAGGAUCCACAGCUCUAUUUUGACCUGUCUGAGGUUAUGGAUGACGCCAAGCUUGUGUUGUCAGAGAAAGUUGAGUUUACACUUGCAGUGGGGGUUAAGGGGUUUGCAGGAGGUAAACGAGCUAUUAGAAUCAGAAGGCUGACGGAGAGUGUCUUCACAUCUGUGCCAAAAAUAGAAGAAAAGAAAGAGAAGAAGAAAAUGACAAUCAAAUUGCUGAAAGACCCAAAAGAGCACUUCAAGAACCAAGUCAAAACAGAGGGCAAAGGUUGUGAUUUGCUGGCUGCAGAGAAGCCUGGCAGGGAAAAGGUGGAUGCCUCAAAAGCUCCAAAGCAGGACAAUAAAAGCAAACAGGAAAACCCUAUAAAGGGUAGCAGAGAACGUAGCAGAAGCCGAGAAAGCCGACACAGGUGCAGCCGGAGUAGUAGCCGCAGCCGAGAUAGGAGUGGCGGCUACUAUGGCAAGAACAGGAGCUCCAGUCGUGACAGGACUUACCGAAGUUACAGAAGGAGCCGCAGUCGCAGUAGAGAUCGUUCACGCAGAUACAGGCGUAGUUAUAGCCGUAGCCGCAGUAGAAGCAGGGAAAGGAACAGUCGGGGCGGCAAAAAGAGAAGUCACAGCCCAGAAUACAUGGAUGAUCAUCACAGAGGACAGAGCAACAAUAAGGAAUGCAGCAGCAAGAGACGAAGCAGAAGCCCUGAUGGCCAUAACAAGACAUCCAAAUAUGCAGCCAACUCCAUUGAUUAUAUGAAGUCGUCAUCUACUGAGGCUGUAAAUAAUGAAUUGGCAAAGAAGAGGAAAGAGUUAUUGGAGCUCAAUGAGUUAAUAGCACGUAAAAAAGCAAUAAUGGCGUUGGAACAAAUCACCAAAACACCAAGUCAGUUUAAAGAUGCACUUGAAAUGGAAAAACAACAUGGGAUUGCUACAUUUGAUUAUCAGCACAAAACCUGUGUAGAGAAUUCAUGGACCCCUGACUCCAAGCCAGUUAGGUCCAUUUUAAAGAAGCACUCUGAGUCUCUCACCAGUCCCCAACAUCAGGAAAAUGAAAGAAGUGAGAGUCCAGAAGAGCCAGUGGGAUGCCCAAAAACGCACGCUUCCAGCAUAUACACGUCUGCUGGCUCAGUCCCUGUAUGGAUUAAACAGAGUUCUACUCCUGAGAUUGAAGAUCAUGAAUUAGCAAGGAAAAAGAGACAGUUGGAGGAACUAAGUGAAUGUAUUGCACGUAAACGAGCAAUUAUGGCCAUGGAACUAAAGGCUAAAACCAUAUGCGAUGGGUCUGAAAUCAAAAAGAAAUAUGAUUUUGGUUCAUGCUCAGAUGAUCUGGACAUAACAAUGACAAAUAAGCACACCUGGCAAUUUGAUAUAAAACCUGAUCUUCAGCCAAAGAAGUCCAUUCUGAAGAAGCGGUCAGAAUCUGUUACUGACCAGCCACAGAAGGAUUUGACUUCAGCUGGUCAGUAUGCUCAUUUUCCAAUGUCUAAACAACCUAAAGAUGAUCACUCCGCUUUCCUCAAUCUCUCUGGGCCAUCAGAUACUGCAUUUAAAAAACCUUGUAAUCCACCAUCGGUGUUCUGUAAUACUGUUGACCUUUUCAAGAAACUGGUUAAUGAAUCCUCUACCAGUUCAAGUAUGAGCAGUAACAAGGCAAUAGCUCAGCAGUCAUUUCAGCCAAGUUCUGGAUUAAUUUAUGACCAAGAAAGUGCCAGAGAGACCAAAGACCAAAGUUAUUCUACUUCACCUUCACAGACAUCCCGGUUUUCUCACCAGGAUUGUGACCAGGCAUCCACAAGUGAGAGUUCUUCAACCCAGUCUUCAAAGCAAAAGACUAAUCUUGCAACACAAAUGGAACGGUUUCUUGGUGCCUUAAAUAAAGCAGAUUCGAAUUUAUUGACCUCAUUGUUGAGAGAUGCUAGAAAAGAUUCCGAUCGACCGAAGAAUCAGAGGAGCCCACAAGAGCCCACAGAAAGAAACAUGUCUUGUGGUGAUGAAUUGUAUGAUCCUUUCAAAGAAACGGAUUGCAAAGAAGACAACUAUCGUUUAAUGGGGAGCAAACAGAAUAUGAAUCCUAUGUUGAGACAAAAUGAAAACACCCAAGAUGAUCUCUUACCACACGAAAGAGCUGUGGUAGAUGGCAGUGGCUUUUCCAAAAUUGUUGGAAUGAAAUAUGGCAUUGAAGCGAAGCCUGAGAAUCGGUUCCUUCGUGGUGAGGCAAUGCCUUCCAGUAGUCAAAGCAGACUUUUAGAACCGCACGGAAAUUUUUUGAAAGAGUGUGAUACGUUUAAACUGUCACAAGAUCGUUAUGGUGAUGAGCCAUAUUUUGAGGACUCAUAUGCAGAGGACAGAGAGAGAUACAAAACACAAAAACUGUCUGAAAAGUACAGAGUAGAAGGCAGCCUUAGCCCAGUGCAUCAAAAAUCCAAGGAUGCCAAAGAGGAUGUCGCCCAAAAAGCAAGCCACUAUAAAACAAUUCAGGAGCUGCUGCAAACCAUCGGUCUUAAUUUGGACACGACAGAAGUUAGCAAGUUAGCUGAUAGGACAAAAGAGCGCCUGUAUGGUAAGAAAGUCAAACCCCAGAGUUCUCACUCUUUUGAUCAAAAAGAUGAACACUCAAUAAGUCGUUAUGAGCGAAGAGGUAGUAGUCAUUCCAGUGAUUCUGAGGGUGUAAAUUCUGUAUCCCCUGCUAAAACUUCUAAUCGUGAGGUUUACAUGAGUUAUUUGGACACUCUUAAGUGCCGCCACAAUGAUGGCGCAGUCGAGGACCUAUUUCGCCUUAAAAGGACUAUUAGGAACAGUCCAGAAGCAAAACAAAUGACAUCAGAUUCAUAUGAAAGUGCACCACCAGAAGUCAGACAUGACUCCUACAAACCAAUAGCAGAAUCCCUCUCAUUAGCUCAGUCUGUCGGUUUGCAGCAUACUCAAAUAUCCAGUGAAUUCUCCUCAGCUGCACACCACCUUAAAAACAAGCAAGAUUCCGGGGAGUGUAGUUAUGCUAUCGAGGGAGAACAAAAUCCCUACGGGUCAAUUUAUCAAAAUCCUCUGCAUUAUGCUACUGGUUAUCCGACACAACCCUCUCAUUUACCAUCUGGCUAUGGUGAUUACACAGCGUCUGCCAGGCCUUUUUUGUUGAUGACACCAAGCCCUGCCCAGUUCUAUCCAACUCUCUCUACUUUUAACACACCAGGAUCUUUUGGUCCUUCUCCAACUCCUCCUUAUCCACCCACUUCAGGUCAGUUUGGCUUUGUCAUGCAGUCUGGCAGCUCUGGUUAUGCCACCCAGCAGGCUAAAACAAAGCCCACUACACACAACAGGUGUCUCAAAACAAUAGAAACAGUAGAAACUCUGAAGUCUGUUAGUUUAAAACCUUCUGCUGUUAAAGAAGUACGUACUGUCAUUAGCAUACAGACAGAAAAAUAUGCUGAAGGCAAAGCUGAAUCCCAAGCGGCACCCGUGAUGGAAGAUGACAUCAAAGCUAAACAAAAAAAAAGGCUGGAGCAGUUUAAUCAGAGAAUGAGACUGAAGAAGGAACAGCAAAUGGAAGCCCAGCGAACACGAGGACAAAGCCAAAAAUCAGCACCAGCAGCUACCUCGUACCACGGCACGUGAUGACGGAUUGUUUAUAUCUCCAUGGUAUGUGUGUGUGUAUGUGAGGGAGAGCAUGUGCGCUGAGCCAAGUAAUGUGAGCAAAUGGCACUUUUUAAUGUACAAGUAACUGAUCCACGCAUCAUUUUAUUGGUAAAAGGCCAAUUGGAUGGAAACAGGUGGGAGGCAGCAAAUAUCGCAAACCUUUUUAUGCACGUUCACUUUGUCGAUAACAGAAAUGUGCAAAAAGUGUAUGGAAACUUGGCAAAUGAUAACAAGAACUCAAUAUCCAUUCUCUUUCGGAGUCCUCUGGAAUAAUCUUCCUCAGUGUUUAUACUGGUUUUCAAAACCACUUUCUGUGCUAUAGUGCCACCAAUCUCGCCCUUUUGUGCAAUGGCAGCGGCUCCGUGCACGUGAUCUAAAACUCAAAACUAAUUGGAUGGCCCAUUUUAUCACGAAGCGACAAGGAAAAAAAUCUACACACUGGUCGUAAAGAAAUGCCGCUUUGUCACACCGCGAAUUAUCGUGCCCGGUGUGAACAGUUCCAUAGGGAUCUGUUGUUUCGAUUCAAGAGCGUCAUCGCGUCAAACAUUCAUGUCACUUAAUCACGCUCAGUGUGAAAGGACCUUUAGCCUGUAGAAGGGCUGGAUGGAUGCCUGGUCCCUACUGCGACAUGCCACUUUCGUAGGAUUAUUCCCUCCCCUGGUGCUUCUAUGGAACUGCCAGAACCAGUUACAAAGGGCAUCCUGAGGAAAUAAGUUUUUAAGAAUAAAACUGCAUAGACAUAAUUCAGUGUGAAUCACUGUAUGUGUAUUGCCCGAUCUUUUUCUUUACCCAGUAUUCUAAAAUGUACUGGAAUUUCCUACAGAAAGUAACAUUUUGUUGGAAGUGUAAUAUGCUGCUUUUAAGCCAUGGAGGCAUGGUGGCUUAGUGGUUAGCACAUUUGCCUUGCACUUCUGAGGUUGGUGGUUCCAAUCCUGCCUCAACCCUGCAUGUGCGGAGUUUGCAUGUUCUCCCUGUGCUUUGGGGGUUUCCUCUGGGUACUCAGGUUUCCCCCCCAGUCGAAAGAUGUAUGUUGUAAGCUGAUUAACAUUUUCCAUAUUGUCCAUAGUGUGUGUGAAUAUGUGCGUGACUGUGUAAUAGGUGGCUUGGCACCCCGUCCAGGGUGUCCCUCAGCUUGUGCCCAGAGUUCCUUGGAAUAGGCUCCAGGCUCCCCCUUGAUCCUGUGUAGUGGUCUGGAAAAUACCACAUUUUCAUGACUUAGAAUAUCAUAUCAGAUCUUAAAGCAAGUCCCAUAUAUCCAUUGAGUUGACAUAGAAAAGCAUUCAUAGCCACACUCAGAGUUUUAAGCACCAUGCCUAUAAAAGACCAGGGACGUUGAUCUGAUGGACCACCAGAAAGCACCAGCCAUGCUUUCAGAGAGGAGGAAAAAAGCUCAGAUAGGGUGAGGGCAAAACUCUGUAUAGCAAUAUUUGCAUCAUUUUGAGCUUUUCAACUCUGAGGCGUGCAAGUGUGUGCUUGUCUCGGGCAAGCUUGCAAUGGUUUCUUUGGGUCGAGCCCACUUGCCCUCCACCCGUGUAAGUGUGCCUGCGUGGAAUAUUGCGAUUGUAGCUGACUUCAGAUUGCCUUCAAUUCCACAUGUGUCAUACUAAUAAGACCGGGCAUCACCUCCCAUUUAAAUACAAAUAAUGAUCAAAAAUGAAGAAGCUAGCCUAACAACACAGUUGAAUAACAAGAACUUUUAGUGUGAAAUUUUCUCAUGGGUGCCAAUACUGCAGACUUUUUAAAGGCUGUGUGAGAUUCUGACUGGACAGCAGCAUUUGCAAUAUUCAGUGCACAUUGAUCAGGGCUUUUUGUAACGCUAAUUAACAGAUGAAUCUGCUCCUGAAAAAUCCACCUUGGUCUGACCUACCAGCUGUCAACAUUGGGCCAGAUUGUUAAGUGCUACUAGAUUUUAAGUGCUAGAAUUUGAGUUACUGCUAAUAAUGCAACAUUGUGGGUAAGUUGUUUCAGGAAAAAAGCAGUACAGUCGAGCAGUUAGAAAAUCUUACAUUUAUUAAUCAAUUUAAUAAAGUAACACGGAAGCUGCCAUUAACAUCACCAGCUCUGUCUGUGUUUUGGCAGUAGGGUAUUUUUGGACAUUUAUUCUAAAAAUAAAAUCCAACUGAUGUUUUAACAAAACUGCAAAGUAAUAAUGUGUCUUUUUUUUGUUUCUUUUUUUUAAAGUCAUGAACACCAGUUCUCCUUUGCAAAAAGCUUACUGAAGAAACCUUUUAAAGCACAUGAUGUAACCAUGAGUAUUACAUAUAUCUUGUCGAUUGCUGUUAAUGAUGAAAGAAUUUAUUGCUCACCUUGAUUUCAAUUGAAGAAAGUUAGACAUUGACCCCCGUUUUAGACAGAGAGAACCCACCUGACUUGUCCAAGUACAGAUGUUAAUGCUCCACCUAUACUUUUACAUUUUUACAGGAAAAGUUAUUCGAACAGAAGUAAAGAAUGUGUGGAUAUGUGGCCACUCCCUUGUGUUCUGGGCUGAGAAGAGGGCCACAUCUCCUGAAAUAGGUAUGCAGCUUGGUAUGGACCCCAAUAGUGUACGCAUAUGGUGGAAGGGUGUGCAGGGCAUGACAUGGCAACAGCUUCUGCCCCAGCUGCUCCAACUUAAAGACAACUGGCCCGAACCUGACAUGAUUCUCAUACACCUGGGGGGAAAUGAUAUUGGCAAGAUGACCCCAGAGGCCUUUGUGUUAGCAGUGAAGAAAGACCUGGUUUCGCUGAAGAGCAUUUUUCCUCAGUGCUACCUUGUUUGGUCAGACAUCCUACCCCGCAAGUCCUGGAGGCACUCGGAUGACAGCAUGUCAGUGAACAACAUGCGACAGGCGAUCAACAAAACAGUACGUGGUAUUAUGGCAGAGCUUGGGGGUUCUUCAUUGGCUCAUGACAACAUAAUACCUAGACUGGACUCUGGCCUCUAUAGACCAGAUGGAGUUCACCUCUCUGGAAAAGGGAUUGACACU